AUCUGCUGCUAGUUACCCGCUAGUCAGCUGAAAACAGACUCCGGAUUUCAUUCUUUCCUGCAAGAGUUACAAAAAGAGAAGAAAAUGGGUAUUCUAGAGAAGAUAUCACAAAUAGAGGCAGAGAUUGCGAGGACGCAGAAAAAUAAAGCGACUGAGUACCAUCUGGGUCUGUUGAAAGCCAAGCUUGCCAAGUACAGAACUCAACUCUUGGAGCCAACGGGGAAGAGUGGAGCCAAGGGAGAGGGUUUCGAUGUUAUGAAAUCAGGAGAUGCCAGAGUAGCUCUCAUUGGAUUCCCAUCUGUUGGUAAGUCCACUCUUCUAAACACCAUGACCAAGACACACAGUGAAUCUGCUGCCUAUGCCUUCACCACACUCACAUGUAUACCAGGAGUUAUUGAGUAUAAUGGUGCCAACAUCCAGCUUCUUGAUUUACCCGGAAUCAUAGAGGGCGCUUCACAAGGCAAGGGUAGAGGUCGUCAGGUCAUCGCCGUAGCGAGGACAGCUGACCUGGUUGUCAUGAUGUUAGACGCUAACAAAGGUGAUGUUCAAAAGAAUCUCUUGGAGAAGGAGUUAGAGAGUGUCGGUCUGAGACUCAAUAAACCGAGACCUAACAUCUAUUACAAGCCUAAGAAAGGAGGUGGGGUAUCCUUCAACUCAACCAUUCCCCUCACUAAAUGCAAUGAGAAGCUGGUCCAGCUGAUUCUACAUGAAUAUAAAAUCUUCAAUGCAGAGGUAUUGUUUCGAGAAGACUGUACUCCGGAUGAGUUUAUAGAUGUCAUCAAUGAUAACAGAAUCUACCUUCCCUGUCUAUAUGUGUACAACAAGAUAGAUCAGACAUCGAUUGAGGAGGUAGAUAGGAUAGCUCACAUGCCUCAUUGUCUCGUCAUCAGCUGUGAAAUGAAGCUCAAUCUCGACUACCUCCUGGAGAAGAUGUGGGAAUACCUCAAUCUUAUCUGCCUUUAUACAAAGAAACGCAGCAAUCGGCCUGACUUUGGCGAAGGCAUUAUAAUGAGGAAAGGCUGCUCAGUAGAACAUGUGUGUCACGCAAUCCAUAGAACAUUAGCUGAGAACGUCAAGUAUGCCUUGGUGUGGGGAACAAGCACAAAGUACAGUCCACAGAGAGUGGGGCUAACUCACCUCGUUCAUCAUGAAGAUGUUAUACAAGUCGUCAAAAAGUGAUGCGACCAAGAAAAGAGCUUCCCCGAUGCGAUUGUUUAUGUUCCACUGUAGUAACAUGUUUAAGUGCAACGGAUGUCCAUCAUGUUAUACCAAGUGUUAUAAACUCAACACAGAUCUUCAUGUUUCAUCAGUUUCUGUAUUACGAACACCAGCAUGACUGUAUGACCGUUUUUCUCCUUUGAAAACAAUGAAGAUUAAGGCUUUGAAACCUUAGUGCAAAGGUUUUGAUUAGUAAAUGGUUGGCCUUUUGAAAGAUAUGUGCAUACAACGAUUGACUGCAUCUUCUGUGAUACGGGGCCUUGGAGUUAGCACUAGAAAUGCCCAUUUUGGUUUUGUUUAGUUAUCAAUUUUCAUCCAAUUUCUUAGCGUAAUUAAAUGAAACCUAAAUUGUUAAAUAGAUUAAAGCCUUGAGUCUUUAUUUUUAACCGACUCAAAUGCCAAUGCAAGUCGGCUAAAAUUAUGUUGAACACAUUUAUAGCAUCUGUGCUGGGGUAAACUGUACAGUAGUUAUAUAUCAAGCUUUGUAUCUUUAAAAAUGCUCUCAAGAGUCGAUUGCAGAUUAUCAUUUUUUAUCAAACUUCAUAUCGAAGAAGGUCCCUCCUGAAUGAAAGCUUUAAAAACUUUGUUUCCUUUGAGAAUAUUAAAUUAUGUUAUAUUUUUUAAGAGUUUAAUUACCCACUUCAAAUAGAGGUAGAGGCAAUUUAGUAAAUUGGGGCCCUCAGAUUUUUUUUGUUUUUGUUAGCUAUUACGAUCAAUUUUUUUGUCCCUAUUAUGCACUUUAUCAUUACAAACUUUGUGUUCUGGGCACGUCUUUUGCUCAGCUACCCAAGACGUAAAUUUUAGACUUGCCAAUAAUAAAAUGGGUUGGUCAAAACUUCUCUAGUAUCCCAUUAAUGUGAAGCCUCAAUUUAUUUUCAGACAUCUAGAUUGCAACCACAGCUCCAUCAUUAAUUAUUUUGGAGCACACUGCACACAUAUAUGGAUAUGUGGAUUCGUAUUUGGUUUCAAUUUAAUUAAAACGUAUGGUCAUGCUUUGAAUGCGAGGGCAUAUCAAGAGAAAUAACAGUCAGUUCAGGAGUAUUGUGAUAUUUGUUCUUCUCUAUAGUAGGCAUCCAAGAAAUAAUGUAUAUUUUGGAUUCCAACAAUUUGGCCCAAAUUCACAAAUGAGGUUUUAAUCUUCAUUUACAUAACCCAUAUCUAAAAUUAGACGCGCGCAUGGCAAAGUACGCUUAUUUGCACUAAUUGUUAAACCAUGAAUUAUGUAAAUUAGGGUUUAAACCUCCUUUGUGAAUUUUAGCUCAUAUUAUAUGCCCACUUUCUAUUUUUUUUCUCUGACAUUGUAUUUUUUUCUGCAAAUAAUGAUGUACAUUAAAUAA